UUAAGGAGCGCGGAGCCCGGGGUCCCGUCCGCGGCGGCCGCGGCCGGACCAGUGGAGCUGCGGGCGGCUGAGGCCGGUGCGGCGCGGCGCCGGGAGAGGCGGGGUCGGCGCAGCCAGCGGGCGACCGGAGCGAGCCAGGCUGACCUUGGCCAGCUGACCUCGGCCGGCGGGCUGGGCCUGCCCUGUGUCGCCAUGGACCAGGACUACGAGCGGCGUCUCCUCCGGCAGAUCGUCGUUCAGAAUGAGAACACCAUGCCCUGCGUCGCGGAGAUGCGGCGAACCCUGACGCCAGCCAACUCUCCCGUGUCCUCUCCCAGCAAGCACGGGGACCGCUUCAUCCCCUCCAGGGCCGGUGCCAACUGGAGCGUGAAUUUCCACAGGAUCAAUGAGAACGAGAAGUCCCCCAGCCAAAACCGGAAAGCCAAGGAUGCCACCUCAGACAACGGCAAAGACGGCCUGGCCUACUCUGCCUUGCUGAAGAACGAGCUGCUGGGAGCCGGCAUCGAGAAGGUGCAGGACCCGCAGACGGAGGACCGCAGGCUACAGCCUUCCACGCCCGAGAAGAAGGGCCUGUUUACGUAUUCCCUCAGCACCAAGCGCGCCAGCCCUGACGAUGGCAAUGACGUGUCUCCCUACUCCUUGUCCCCAGUCAGCAACAAGAGUCAGAAGCUGCUGCGGUCGCCACGGAAACCCACCCGCAAGAUCUCCAAGAUCCCCUUCAAGGUCCUGGACGCCCCAGAGCUGCAGGACGACUUCUACCUGAACCUGGUGGACUGGUCGUCCCUCAACGUGCUCAGCGUGGGGCUGGGCACCUGCGUGUACCUGUGGAGCGCCUGCACCAGCCAGGUGACCCGGCUCUGUGACCUCUCGGUGGAAGGGGACUCGGUGACGUCUGUGGGCUGGUCUGAACGGGGGAACCUGGUGGCCGUCGGCACGCACAAGGGCUUUGUGCAGAUCUGGGACGCGGCUGCGGGGAAGAAACUGUCCAUGCUGGAGGGCCACACGGCCCGCGUUGGGGCGCUGGCCUGGAACGCCGACCAGCUGUCGUCCGGGAGCCGGGACCGCAUGAUCCUGCAGAGGGACAUCCGGACGCCGCCCCUGCAGGCCGAGCGGCGGCUGCAGGGCCACCGGCAGGAGGUGUGUGGACUCAAGUGGUCCACGGACCACCAGCUCCUCGCCUCAGGGGGCAACGACAACAAGCUGCUGGUCUGGAACCACUCAAGCCUGAGCCCCGUGCAGCAGUACACGGAGCACCUUGCGGCCGUGAAGGCCAUCGCCUGGUCCCCGCACCAGCACGGGCUGCUGGCGUCCGGCGGCGGCACGGCCGACCGCUGCAUCCGCUUCUGGAACACGCUCACAGGGCAGCCGCUGCAGUGCAUCGACACGGGCUCGCAGGUGUGCAACCUGGCCUGGUCCAAGCACGCCAAUGAGCUGGUGAGCACGCACGGCUACUCGCAGAACCAGAUCCUGGUCUGGAAGUACCCGUCCCUGACGCAGGUGGCGAAGCUGACCGGGCACUCCUACAGGGUCCUGUACCUGGCCAUGUCCCCUGACGGAGAGGCCAUAGUCACCGGUGCUGGGGACGAAACCCUGCGGUUCUGGAAUGUCUUUAGCAAAACCCGUUCGACAAAGGUAAAGUGGGAGUCCGUGUCAGUCCUCAACCUCUUCACCAGGAUCCGGUAGAGUCUCGGGCCUCGCCGUCCGGAUCGGCAGAGUCCCACCUCUCAUCAGCGUGCAUGGACCCUCCCCUCCCCAGCACACAGUCCCCAGAGGACGCAGCCGGGGCGGGCGGGGAGUCGGGCCUGGAGGACCCCGAAGAUUCUCAUUAAAGCCUGAUUGCGAACCCUGGCAGCCGGUGUUUGGGGCGGGGACGUGGCCGGGCCCCAGCAAGAGAGGGGGCCCCGGCGGGGACCAUCUGUUGGGCUGCUCUGCUGGGAGCACGAUGGACGCCUCCUGGGACCCAGCCUGCUUCCGUCUCCGUCUGCCGCGGCAUCACCGGGGCCGCGUGCUCCUCCCAGAAGUGCGUGCUCGCCGCUGCCAUCGCCACUCACACCUGCGGGACAGACGGCGGGACGCCAGGCCGGUCAGCUGGGGCUGGGCGGACGGCUGGGGUCGGCCCACGGAGCAGAGGGACAGACGUCUGACGGGUUUCUCCGCGGCCAGCACGGCUGCCCUUGCCCCGGCGUCUGUGCCGCUGACUUUCUCGGGGACACGGCGCCACGUCCGGAGCGGGCCCCGGGCAGUGUCCGGGCCGAAGGCGGUCAUCGGGAGCUGGACUUGUUGUCUGAGGAGAACGAGUCAGGUCCGCUCGCUGCGUUGUGCGUACCCUGAUCCCGCACUGUCCUUGUUGCUGACGGGGGUCACGGCCCUGUUUCAUCCCCAAGCCGGACUCGGGUGCUUGCGGCCUGCUGGGCAGCCGGUCAGGGUGACCCAAGGGCAGACUCGACCCCAGAGGCCGUGUCCUCUGGGCAUCUGGCUCCUGCUCCCCAGCCCAUUCCCCUUCCCCCAGGCCACCCCAUCGGGUCCUGUCCAUCUAUGCCAUUGGCUGUGCGGCAGCCGGGGAAGAGGCACCCAUAGGUCCUUCCAGAAACUUCCUGUGCUUCCCCCAGCCCACCCUAUGGUUCUCUGCUGUGUCCAGCUGCAUAUGGGCCCAUCCCUUCCUGCCUCCUCUCCAGACCAGGAGACGGGGAAGGAGGAAGGGAGGGCCUG